AUGUCUUCGCCUCAGCAGGACAGCAGGUCACUCGUCGCGAGCGGUUCGCCUCUCACCAUCGAAGACGAGGGAGGGCACAGUAGCUGGUUAGAGCAGCCCAACUCGACCAGCCCCGUUCGACCCACCUUCCCCUCGCUCCCCUCGUCCUCGCGCCUCCAACCGUCCUCCCUUCCUUCCUCCCUGCCGCGCCAUCUCAGCACACGAUCUCUUGGCCGUCCUUCCUCCGCUCGGACGAGCUCCGACACCCCCCGCCGUCCACCGCUGGUCGACCGCGUAACCUCCACCCGCUCGCUCUACCUCCCCUCGAUCAACUACUCCGGCGAUACCCACGAUGACUGGCGCUCCACCGCUCUCGGCUCGACACCCCUGGACCGCACGAUGGACCGCAUCGGUAUGGGCCGCUAUCAGUGGACCGUCCUCCUCCUCUCCGGUCUCGGCUGGGCCGCUGACAACAUGUGGAUCCAGGCCAUCGCCAUCAUCCUCCCGCACAUCCAGCGCUACUUUGUCCUCACGGACGGCAUCGUGGGAUUGGCGAGCUCGAGCAUCUUCGUGGGCAUGUUCGUCGGGUCCAUUGCAUGGGGUGUCGUGUCGGACUCGUAUGGACGGAGGGCGGCAUUCAAUGUGACCUUGGCGGUGACGGCGGUGUUUGGGACGCUAGCGGCGAUGGCUGGGUCGUUUGCGUUGUUGUGUGUGCUGCUGUUUGCGGUGGGCACGGGCGUGGGCGGGAGUAUGCCGACAGACUCGUCGAAUCUCGUGGAGAAUCUGCCGGUGAGGAAGCAUAGCUACGUGACGGCGUUGUCGGUGUUCUUCUCGGCAGGAUCGGUCGUGUCGUCGCUGAUCGGACUGGCGGUGUUGUCGGCGAGCGAUCCGGACGGGUGGAGAUGGUUGCUGGGCGCAUUGGCGGGUGUAACCGUGGUGUUUGUGUCGGCGAGGGUGGCCUUUUUCCGGCUGUUGGAGUCGCCCAAGUACCUGGUGCACGCUGGACGGCCGCAGGAGGCUAGGGACAUUUUGCAGAAGAUUCAUCGGUAUAAUGGUGGUGCAACAAUCUCGUUAAGGAUACAGGACGUCGAGGAUCACAGCCAUACGAAUGGGGCAGCUCCGAUAGGAGACCUGGAGACGAGUCAGCAUUCCAUGCAUCAACGGUCGAGCACCACAGAUGCUGCUCCGGAGCAGCAAGACGAUAACGAACAAUCAAACGGACAAAAGCACUCUUCACAUCGGUUCAGAGACAGCUAUACAGCAGACGAGGAAGAGGACGACGAGGAAGACAUCCCAGACCGGGAAGCAUCCUCUCGACCUCUCCUCAACCCACAUACAGACGAUCAGGCUCUACACUCGCCCAAGAGCGACUCCCGCAACAGCAUCAACGAGCGGCCUAGCAGCACCGUCAUCCAUCCCUCUUCAUCGACCCCUGACAUCCCACCGUCCCUCACCUGGCUCCCCUCCUCCUGGCAGCCAAGCGCAUCCGACCUCGUCUCACGGUACAGCGAGCUCUUCUCCCCCUCGUGGAAGCGCACGACCCUCCUGAUCUGGGUCAUUUGGGGUGGCAUGUCGUAUGGCUUUACGACGUUCAACGUUCUGCUUCCGAAGCUGCUCGAGUCACGGUACGACUCACCCGCCGCGAUGCAGGGCGAGCCGGACGACGCCUCGAUACGAAGGGCCAUGUUGGAUAUCUUGCUCUACUCGCUCUCGUCGUUGCCGGGGAGUUUGAUCUCGGCGUACAUGGUGGAGACGCGGUUGGGGAGGAUCGGAACCAUGGUCAGUUCGACCGCGAUUAUGGCCGCGGCGGUGCUGGUGUUUUCGCUGACCUACUGGCGGUCCAGUUUGACGGUGGUCAGCGUGUCGAGUUCCAUUUCGUAUGCUGCGAUAUAUGGGUACACGCCCGAGGUCAUGGCUCCCACCAUUCGAGCGACGGCGUGCGGCACAGCAUCGGCCAUCAGCAGGGUCGCUGGCAUCAUCGCGCCUCUGUUGGCAGGAUGGGCGUUCUCGCUGUCGCCGGCCGUGCCCCUGUUCAUGGCAACAUCGGUGCUGGUCAUCGUGACAUCAGCCAUGGCCUUGCUGCCUAUUGAGACCCGUGGUCGUGCUACGGACGGCAACGGUGUUGCAAGUCACUGA